AUGCCAACCAACGGGAUCCACCAGGUCUUGAAGAUCCAGUUUGGCUUGAUCAACUGCCAGAACCGCUACCUGACGGCUGAGAGCUUUGGCUACAAGGUCAACGCCUCGGCGCCCAGCCUGAAGAGGAAGCAGAUAUGGACCCUGGAGCAGGAUGAGGCCGACAGCUCCGUGGUCUUCCUGAGAAGCCACCUGGGCAGGUACCUAGCCGCUGACAAGGACGGGAAGGUGUCGUGUGAAGCCGAGAAGCCAGGCAGAGACGGGCGCUUCACUAUUGUCACCCAGUCGGAUGGGCGCUGGGCACUGCAGUCUCAGCCCUACAAGCGCUUCUUCGGGGGCUCGGAAGACAGGCUGUCCUGCUUCGCCCAGGCCGUCACCGAGGCCGAGCUGUGGACCGUCCACCUGGCCAUCCACCCGCAGGCCAACCUGCUGAGCAUCAGCCGGAGGCGGUACGCGCACCUGAGCGCCUUGGAGGACGAGAUCUCCACCGACAGCAACAUCCCCUGGGGUGUGGACGCGCUCAUCACCCUCACCUUCCAGAACCAGCGGUACUGCCUGCGGGCCUGCGACAACCGCUACCUGCAGAACGACGGCGCCCUGGUGCCGGAGCCCGGCCCGCGCACCGGCUACACCCUGGAGUUCAAGGCAGGGAAGCUGGCUUUCAAGGACUGCAACGGGAAGUACCUGGCGCCCAUGGGGCCCACGGGCACCCUGAAGGCCGGGAGGAGCUCCAAGCCGGGCAAGGACGAACUCUUUGAUCUGGAGGAGAGCCACCCGCAAGUGGUUUUCCUGGCGUCCAAUGGCCGAUACGUCUCCAUCCGGCAAGGUGUCAACGUCUCGGCCAACCAGGACGAGGAGAUGACCCACGAGACCUUCCAGAUGCAAAUUGACAGAGAGACCAAGAAGUGCGUCUUCCAUUCCAACGUGGCACCCCAGCAUCCCCCGUCCCUCCAGCUCCCCUCCCACAAGCCCCAGCGUGUGCUUCAGUACAGCCAGCGGUGGAUUAAGACCAGCUAG